CUCGUUUUCUAGGUUAUAUUUUGUCUCAGUGACCUUAUCAAGCUAAGGGUUACUUCAGGUACGUUUUCAUACCUCACAUUCUUAAGGUCUAGGCCUCAUUUUUUUUUUUGUGAGACAUUUAUCCCUUGAAUUUUGAAAGUUAAAAUGAAUAUUGUCAUAUAUCUCUGAGAAUUUCAGGACGUUAAGGGGGUAUCCUUCUCACAUUGGUCAAGGAUCUUGUAGUCCUCUGUGUACCUAAGCCCAUGACCAUGAAUCAUUCUCUUAAAUAGUAUUGCAGUUAACAUUUGCUAGAUUUUCCUUGAAAAGGUAAGAGGAUUUGAAAUCUGUGUGCUUAGUUCAGUUUGAUUUGGUCUGAUCUUCUCUUCAAUCCCUAAGGCAAUUUAAGAUAUCAACCAAAGUAAUAUUUGUCUUUUUUAUAGAUUUUUUCCUUCGUAUUUAAAGAUAUCAACCAGAAAAAACCUUGAAUUUCCUUUCUAAUCCCUAGAAUUAGGGGAUAAGGACAAUCUAGAAAACUGUAUUUUCAGGUUGAGGCUGAAAAAUGGGUCGGAGAAGACAACCAUAUAGCAGCCGAUGAGGUUUUAAAGAUCUCAAGAGAUUGAAGAUCUUGUGCAUUGAAAAACACCUUUUCUCCUCUUGUCAAUGGCGAUCGACAAGAUUUUUAAAGAUGAAGCUAGUGAAGAGAAGGGAGAGCGUGCAAGGAUGGCAUCAUUUGUUGGUGCAAUGGCGAUUGCUGACUUGGUUAAGACUACCUUGGGGCCAAAGGGGAUGGAUAAAAUUUUACAAUCUACUGGUAGAGGACAUGAAGUCACCGUCACGAAUGAUGGGGCCACCAUUUUGAAGUCAUUGCACAUAGACAACCCGGCAGCUAAAGUUCUUGUCGACAUCUCAAAAGUUCAAGAUGAUGAGGUUGGUGACGGGACAACUUCUGUUGUUGUCUUGGCGGGUGAACUUCUGAGGGAGGCAGAAAAGUUGGUGGCUGCAAAGAUUCACCCUAUGACGAUAAUAGCAGGUUACCGAAUGGCUGCAGAAUGUGCUCGUAAUGCUUUACUGAAAAGAGUUAUGGAUAACAAAGAGGAUGCAGAAAAAUUUAGGUCAGACUUGAUGAAGAUUGCAAUGACCACUUUAUGUUCCAAAAUUCUCUCACAGGACAAGGAACAUUUUGCGCAAAUGGCUGUCGAUGCUGUUUUGAGGCUUAAGGGAAGCACAAACUUAGAGUCUAUUCAAAUCAUCAAGAAACCCGGAGGCUCCUUGAUGGAUUCGUUUCUGGAUGAAGGGUUCAUUCUUGAUAAGAAGAUUGGAAUUGGACAGCCAAAGCGCAUAGAGAAUGCCAAGAUUUUGGUUUCUAAUACUGCAAUGGAUACUGAUAAAGUGAAAAUCUAUGGUGCACGUGUGCGUGUGGAUUCCAUGUCCAAGGUUGCUGAGAUCGAAGGGGCUGAGAAGGAAAAGAUGAGAGAAAAAGUUCAGAAGAUCCUCGGCCAUGGAAUCAACUGCUUUGUUAAUAGGCAGUUGAUCUACAAUUUCCCAGAGGAACUCUUUGCAGAUGCUGGUGUACUUGCUAUUGAGCAUGCCGACUUUGAUGGAAUAGAACGUCUUGCAUUGGUUACAGGCGGUGAAAUAGCUUCCACCUUUGACAAUCCAGAGUCUGUUAAGCUUGGACAUUGCAAACUCAUCGAAGAAAUCAUGAUUGGUGAGGACAAGCUGAUCCAUUUCUCUGGUGUUGCGAUGGGUGAGGCUUGUUCAAUCGUUCUAAGGGGUGCUAGCCACCAUGUUCUCGAUGAGGCUGAAAGGUCACUCCACGAUGCCUUGUGUGUACUUUCUCAAACUGUGAACGACACCAGGGUUCUGCUCGGGGGUGGGUGGCCAGAGAUGGUGAUGGCGAAGGAAGUGGACGAGCUGGCACGGAAAACUGCUGGCAAAAAGUCUCAUGCCAUUGAAGCUUUCUCACAUGCGCUCAUUGCUAUCCCGACCACCAUUGCUGACAACGCCGGUCUAGACAGUGCAGAACUGGUUGCCCAACUUCGUGCAGAGCAUCACAAUGAAGGGUCUACUGCAGGAAUUGAUGUCAUCUCCGGAUCUGUCGGAGACAUGGCGGAGCGUGGAAUCUAUGAAGCAUUCAAAGUGAAGCAAGCCGUUCUGCUUUCGGCCACAGAAGCGGCUGAGAUGAUUCUCCGGGUCGACGAGAUCAUCAAAUGUGCUCCGAGGAGGAGAGAAGACAGGAUGUGAGUUUUUUUUUUAUUUUAAAAAAAAAACUACAUCUCUUCACGUUCCCAAAAAUGAUGUCCGAGGCCAUUGGUGAUUGUCUUUCAGACUUUGUUUUUUCCCCUACAAUAGUUCUUUCGGUUAUGGUUCGGACUUAGUGGAGCCUUUUUGUCAUGCUUUUUUCAUUUUCCUUUCGUUUCUUGCCAAUGCAGCAAUCAGUAUAUUAUCGAAGUUUGAGCCUUAAGUCAUAAUUAGUAAAAUACAAUUACUCCUUCCGUUUCAAAA